AUGGAAGCCCUGAACACGGGAGACCCCAAAACAUUGCGGACAGUUGUGAUUUCAUCGUACACGACCUGGGCGCGGCGGACUACGGGGUUGGAGUUUAAAGAUGAUGACGACGACCUAGCCCUGGAGACCCUUGCUCAGGCUCAGGCGAGUGAGGCGGAAGGGAAGAAUAAAAGGAAGCUCAAGCCUGGAAAGUACAGAUUUUUGGUGCCGCUGCGCUUCGGGCGCAUCAUUUGCGAUGAAGGCCACUAUACCAAAACCAUUCGAACACGCUGUCAUCACGCGGUCAAGGGAACAGAGGCACCAAUCAUCUGGUUUCUGACUGCGACACCUGUGUGGAAUCGAGUCAUGGAUGUCUGUGGAUACCUGUCUCUCCUCUGGAACCGGAACGGUGAGUCGGAAAAGGUCGCCAACUUGCCGGAAGGAGACCCCUUAGAUGCGUAUAUCGCGGCAUCCAAGGAAGCCAUCAGCCCAUCAGACCCCCCUCUUCACCUGCUGUCUCCCCGUCUGGUCGCGCGUGUGGUGUCUAGAAGUUAUCGUAAUCAGGUAUUGACCUGGAUGGGAUACCAUGUUCUCCCCGUUCUCAUGACCAUCCUUUGUCUUAGCCGUCAGAUGGGUGACACUAUAGACAUGGGUGCCGGGCAGUACGUUACCAUCGGGGACGAUAUCCCGCUAAUGCAGAUCAGAACCGUUCAACUGUUUUUCCCCACGAAACUCCAAGAAGUACACGAUACACGUUACAAGCACCAUCUGAAAAGCUUGGGGCUUAAGUGGGAGGAGAGGGGCCAGACAGAUGCCGCUUCUAUACAGGCGAGUGGCGGGCGAAUCAACAUGACCAUUCUCCGACGACUUUGCUUGCUGAGCUUCACGCCCAGGCUCGAAGUUUUUGUGAGGCGGGUCGGUAACAAGAAGACUCUGGCUGAUUCAAUCCCAAAGUUCGUACAACGGCCUGACAAGGGGUUCUCAUUCUUCUUCCUGAACACCAGAGAGGACCGGCUUGCUUUCCCGCCACUGUCUCAAGCGUUGCAGGCAAGCUACCUUGCCGGGGAUUGCCCCAAGCUGAAAAUGCUGGCAUGUAUUCUGCAUGCCGAAGGCGUCUUUGAGACCAUGGGCACAAAGCCACGCUUCAUCGUGUUCUGUAGCUGGCCGCUGACGCUCUGGUUGACCGAGAUGUUCAUGGAGUCCUUGGGUGUCUCCUACACGGUCAUUAGAGCUUCAAUGAGUCUGGAUCAGCGAGCAGCAGCAGCCGCCAGGUUUAAUGAUCCUACCAGGGAAUGUACUGUCCUUCUAACUGUUUACAGCUGCGCAGCACUGGGGCUCAACCUUCACAAUGCCUGUUCCCGUGCCGUGAUGAUGGAGCCGCCGCGCAACACCAGCGCGCUGUUCCAGGCCAUCGGGCGCCUGCAUCGUGUCGGUCAGAAAGACCCUCAGAAGGUGUGGAUUUUGUUUGGUCAGCACACCAUCGGGCGCUGGUUGGAAUACAACAAUGCGAAGAAGGUAUUGCCGCAGAUUGCCGCAGAUAUCCGGUCGCGCAUCGAGAGGGAGGUCGAUGAGCUUGGGGCUAGGGGGCAAGACAAUAUGGACGACGAGAGCCUGGCGGAGCAGAUUAAGGAAGAACAGUGCAAGUAUAUUAAGGCCAAAGCGAGUGCAGAGCUACGGAAGAUGCUAGGUAUCGAGGGCUGGCGCUUGGAGGAUGGCUCCAAUGUACGAGAGCUCUACUUCACGACAGAUGAGAAUGAGCUGGAGGAAGAGAUGGAGACUGAAAGGGAGACUGAGAGGGAGACUGAGAGGGAGUCUGAGAGGGAGUCUGAGAGGGAGACUGAGAGGGAGACUGAGAGGGAGACUGAGAGGGAGACUGAGAGGGAGUCUGAGAGGGAGUCUGAGAGGGAGACUGAGAAGGAGACUGAGAGGGAGACUGGGCUGAUGAUUUUCGCAAGACCGGAUUACAGUGGGCACCGUAUGGAUGACUGUGGGGAUGACUCUAUGGACUCUGGGGAUAGCGAUUUUGAAAUGGAAGAAGGGAGUAGCCCGAGAAGACCAGAAAGCGCUAUACCUAAGCCUGCUGACACCACCGGAGCCGUGACAGAAGCGAUUCCCACAGACAUGGAAGGCGUGGAGACGUCCCCAACCAUCUUCAACGACAAAGCUCUCGUCAGGGCGUCUUUUUACUGCGAUGAAUAUCCUGAAAUUCUGUCUGCUCCGGUGCCCGCUGUAGACAGCAAGCAGACUACCCAGAGCCCCGUCUCGGUAGACACUUUUGUGAAAGCUGAGCUGUGCCCAUAUGCUGGGAUUGCUGCUGCUAUUCCUGCUACGAUCCCUGCUACGAUCCCUGCUACUAUUCCUGUAACCACUCCUGCCAGAGCUCCUGCUACUGUUCCUACUAUACCCCCGGUUUCGGAUCCCGCGCAGUCUCUGGGUGGAGAAUCGGGCGCCGAUGAGCGUGUCGUCCCGCCUAGACCUGAUGAUGAUUCGUAAGGGACUCCUCACUUACUUGGGAGACAGCGCUGACAUGCUUGAUGGCAAGUAAUAGGGACAGUCUGUUUGUGAGAGACAACUCACCACAUCACAAGAGGCAGGGAGACGCCGAUGAAGGGGGGGGAUGCAAGAGACAACGUCGAGAGGGUUAGAC